AUGGCAUAUGAAGUGCCCUUGCAGGCCCUUUUAGGGUUAGCGACAUUGAUUUUUCUUCCUCUGGUGGCUGAUGUUGUCCAUGCAAGCACUGCAUGGAGACUUGCAGCUAAAUUAUCGGAGGACGAUGGACAUGACAUUCAUACGGUUGGCCGCACCCACAACCGGCCAAGGUUCGGCGGUGGCCCUUGGAAGCAUGCUCAUGCCACAUUCUAUGAAGGCGGCCCGGGAACCUUUGGAGGAGCUUGUGGUUAUGAGGAUGUGAUAAAAGAAGGGUAUGGCCUGGACACAGCAGCGUUGAGCGAGGCUUUAUUCAACAAAGGGCUGUCUUGUGGAGCAUGCUAUGAAAUCAAAUGCGUCGACAACCCUCAGUGGUGCAAGCCAGGACAGCCAACUCUUGCCGUCACGGCAACCAACAACUGCCCCCCCAAUUGGAACCAGCCAAGUGACAAUGGAGGGUGGUGCAACCCUCCUCGUGAGCAUUUUGAUAUAGCCAAACCUUCGUUCAUCAAAAUUGCCGAGUACAAGGCCGGCAUUGUUCCGGUCAUGUACCGCAGGGUUCCAUGCCUGAAGACAGGAGGAAUUAAAUUCACAAUAACUGGGAAUCCAUAUUUCAACCAAGUGUUGGUGUGGAAUGUGGGAGGAGCCGGAGAUGUGACCGGAAUGCAAGUGAAGGGCAGCAAGAAGCUCAUAUGGACAACGAUGAAGCAGCUAUGGGGUCAGAAGUGGGAAACUGACGCCAAGAUGAUUGGCGAGUCAUUGACCUUCCGAGUCAGAGCGAGUGAUGGUAGAUACUCAACCUCAUGGCAUGUUGCUCCAAGCAAUUGGCAGUUUGGCCAAACCUUCGUAGGCAAGAAUUUCAGGUAG